AUGGGGACUGCUCAUCUGCUUAGACUGCUAAGCUUGUUUACUGGAAUUUCCACGCUCCAGCAGCUGCAAAGCUGGACCAUCACUCUACCCACAACAAUUUCUGCAGUGGAGGGGAGCUGUGUUGUGGUGCCAUGUCAAACACAACAUCAUUCUCGGGUCGUAUGGUAUCAAUAUCAUAACAUACAUUAUCCCAUUGUGUAUGAUCAGCACAACCCAACUAGAGUGGAAAACCAGUUCAAAGGACGCACUUCAGUACUGGGUGAAGCUGCCAAGGGCAACUGCACCCUGAUGAUUAAUAACAUGAAGGUCGAAGAUAACAACCUACGCAUUUAUGUUUGGAUCAACCCAGACUCUACAACAAAUCAGAAAUUCCAUCAGCAGACUGUCACUAUCAUUGUUGAGAGAAAAGCCCCUAUGGUCUUCAUUCAGAAGCAAAUAGUGGACGGGGAUUUUUUUCAGGCUAACUGCAGCGUAAAGUACUCCUGCCCUUUCUCACCUCCAUCACUUCACUGGAACAAAAGUCCAUUUCUAAAAAACUUCACAACCAGGAGUUUCAGCAAGGACGCAGGACAGGGCCAGUGGUUGUACACACAGGCACUUCAUGGACUCGCAACGUAUGAAAUGCAUAACAGCGAAAUUGGGUGCACUGCACGGUUCAGAACCUUCACCACAGAAAGUCAAAAAACAACACUCAACAUUUUAUAUGGACCAGUGUAUGUGACCCUGAGAGUGGAAAAGGAACCGGUAAUGGAGGGUGGCAGCAUCAUCUUGGAUUGUGCUGCUAACUGUAACCCACAACCAAACAAGUACAUAUGGCUCAAAAGACCGAUGGGUCAGAACGAAGAAAUAACUUCAAAUUCAAGAAAAAAGCUCUUCAACAACAUCUCACGAGAUACUUCUUUCUCCUGCAUCGCUACCAAUGACAUUGGCACAGGGAAGUCGAACUGGUUGGAUCUGGAUGUUCAGUAUGCCCCAGUCAUCCGACCCGAGUCCUCCUGCCACCAGACAAAUGGACUCCUGAAGUGUGUCUGUCGGGCAGAGGCGUCCCCUAAUGCCUUCAUCCACUGGGCCAUUGAUGGAAAUUAUACUCUUCCGUCCUCUUUCAGCCUUUUUUCCACUUAUAAGAAGAAUGCAGUCUCCGGGGAAAUGAGCGGCCCAGCUGAAAGCCAGUCUAACAUAUCUUGUACAGCCGAAAACUCCCUGGGCAGCAACACCAAACGCCUCUCUGUCAUCCUGUCAAAAACAUCCUCUCUAUAUGUGUGGUUGUCAGCUUCAACGGUCCUCGGUUUGCUGUGUGGAUGUGCCACGUUCAUCUACAGAAAAUAUUCUAGAUCCAGACUGCCUCAAGGCUUUGUGUGCAACGUUGACAUCCCUUUAAGGCCACAAAGUUUAUUAGGUGAUGUCCCACAAGAACAAAGAUACAUCAAUCAUCAAAGAUCACAAGAUGAGGAUGAACAAUCAUGCAGGUCUGAUUGUGACCCUGAGGAGGACAGGCUGUCCUGUGUUUAUGACAAUGAUUUUCUGGAAGAAAUGAUCAGACCCCCCGUCGCUCCACGCCGCCACAACAUGGCGACAGCCCCCCCAGUAGAAGUGGGAAUGCAGCCGCAGGUAAAGGUGCAAUCAGUGUGA